GUGUGUGCAAGCUGAACACACAGAUCCCGGUGGAAGAACUUCUGGAGGCUCUGAAGAGGUUUAAGAGGGCAGAAAUAGAGGCAGAGCAGAUAGAGGAUGAAUUGAUUGACAGGCAUGGCGCUGGUCGUCUGAGCGAGUAUCAGCAACUGUCCUCCACUUUGUUGCAUCCCUGCAAUGCCGGCAAGGAGCUGUGUAAUCAGAGCAAGAACCGCUACAAGAGCAUCAUCCCAUACGAUCACUGCCGUGUGGUGCUGCACCCCUCUGACACAGGGAACGGUUACAUCAAUGCCAGCUAUGUGGAUAGCUACCGGAGUCCACGCUUCUUCAUUGCAGCUCAAGGCCCCUUGCCUGGGACGGUGCUGGAUUUCUGGCAGAUGGUCUGGCAGGAGAAGACCUCGGUCAUUGUGAUGCUGACAGGCUUAGUGGAGCAGAACAAGACCAAGUGCGAGCAGUAUUGGCCAGAACAGGAGCAAGUCUAUGGGGACUUCACCGUGACAGUCAACAACACCAGGACCACCACGGGCCUUGUCACACGCAUCUUCUGCCUGCAGAAGGCAGGCUGUGCUCUCCCAAGAGUGGUGGAGCAGUUUCACUACCUGCUGUGGCCAGACCAUGGGGUGCCCAGAAAUGCUGCCCAGCUCCUGUGCUUAAUGGAGUUGGUGAACAAGAGGGGGUUGGAAACCCCUGCUGGACCUGUGCUGGUGCACUGCAGCGCAGGGAUCGGGCGGACAGGUACCUUCAUCGCCCUGGACUUCCUCCUGAAGAUGGGGAAGAUUGAGGGGAAGGUGGAUGUGUUUCACUGCGUGCAGAGGCUGCGGGAGCAGCGGGUCAGCAUGGUGCAGACCAAGGAGCAGUACACCUUCUUGUAUGAGGCACUGCUUGAAGGCUUGCUGUGUGGCAACACCGGCAUCCCAGUGGAGAGCAUCGCCAGCCAUGUUCGCUGCCUUCGAGAAGCUGAGACCUCAAGGCAGGACAAUGUCCUUGAGAAGGAGUUCAAGGUGCCACCCGGAUCUGGUGUAUUGGGUCUGGUGCUGCAGGGGCUGGUGUGUGGGAUGGACAUGGGGAAGCAUUUCUCUCGGGUGGCUGAAGAAGGGGAGGAGCUGACAGGCAGAACUUGCUUGACUGAAUCAUCCUUACAGGCCCUGCAGAAGUUUUCUGAGUUGUUCCAGCUCCUGCCAUGCAGAGAAGCAGAGAAACCCAGCAACCAGCCCAAGAACCGCAAGCCAGGCAUCCUGCCAGCGGAUUCCUGCCGGCCCAUCCUGAUGUCCUCGCUGAAUGCAGACGGCUCGCCAGGUUACAUCAAUGCUGUGUUUGCCCACACAUACACCCAGGAGGACAGACUCAUCGUCACCCAGCUGCCUUUCCCCACCACGCUGGUGGAUUUCUGGGCUCUGGUCUGGGAUUACACCUGCACGUCGGUGGUUAUUCUGAACCAGCUCCAGGAGCUGGACGAGACAUACGUGGAGUUCUGGCCCACCCAGGGCGAAGCUGCCUAUGGCCGUUUCCAUGUCCACCUGAUCUCAGAGGAGCCUGGAGCUGGCUUCACAGCCUGGACACUUGCCCUCACCAACAGGCAGCAGCCCAAGAAGUCUGCACUGGAAGUCCGAUUCUGGCAGCUGAAGGACUGGCCCAUGCAACAACGCCUUCCCCCAUGCCCUGCCACCAUCAUCAGCCUCCUAGGGAAGGUGGAGACACACCAUCGGCAGAGCCAAGACGGACAUAUCCUUGUUGCCUGCUGGGAUGGUGCAAGCCGGAGUGGGAUCUUCUGUGCUGCUAGUUUCCUGUGUGAGCAGAUCCAAAGCGAGGGGCUGGUGGAUGUAUCCCAGGCUGUGAGGAUGCUGAAGAGGCGGCGGAGACAGCUGAUUAAAGAUGUGGAGCAGUAUGGGCUCUGCUACGAAUUAGCCCUCAGUUACUUGAAUUCAUUUGAAACCUAUGGGAAUUUCAAGUAG